AUGUCUUCAACCAACGACAACCUACCUCCCUACCAGGAGAAGGCUUUCGCUCAAGAAACCACGUCUUCUGUUGCCUACCCUAGCCGUCUUGCUGGUACUAUCCAAACAUGUUCAAUAAAAGAUGGCCAAGUUGACUACUUCUCUCUUAUUCGGGUUUCUGAUUCGACCUACCAUCUAUCCCUUACAAUUGACCCUACACCUCUCUAUCGCAUCGAACUUUGCCUUGGAUCCAGUAAAGUCGGCAAUAUCCAAAUCUUCUCUGCAUCUGAUAGUACACUCCUUGCUGCAGCACGUACAUCAGGGGAUCAGAAAAGCAAGACCCUCCCCAUCGGCAUGGUAUGCACUUCUUCACCUGCGGAGCCUAAUGCAUCUUGGCGGCCUGUUGCUUGGGGAAAGUCAUGGCUUCCUCUAUGGAUUGAUACCCACAUACCGGUCGUUACGAUACCUGGUAGACCUGCCAAGCCUCAGCACUUUGAAUGGAGAGUUGAGGAGGGUAAAGGUGCAGACCUAAAAUGGGAAGGUAAACUCCCUACUAAUUUCAUCAAUCCGGCACCAAUUGAAUACAACUUCGCGAGAGUGAUCAUUGAGCCUGAUGGAGGGGAAACUUUAGUAGAGAUCCGGAGGGGAGCAGGCAUUGACUUUGAGUUGAGUGUGAUUCUCGAGGCGUUUCUACUUAUAGACCUUACUGCGAAGGCAAAGUCAGCUUAA